AUGUUAGUAACUGAAAUGAAUCUAAACAACAUCACUAAAACUAGAAAAAGUGGUGUCAUUCCAAUAAGGGCCCUAAUAUGGGUAAUGCUUUUUUCAAGUACCCUUUUCCUUUACAUGCUCAGGACCAAUAUUUCCAUUAUUCUUCUGGCUAUGGUGGAUACUGAGGGCACCAGUAAUUCCUUAGUUGCUAUUCCCGAGUGUAAAGUUAUAAAUGGAACAAAAAUCUUUGAUACAACUUACUAUAAUGACUCUAGUUUGGCCGAAAAGCAAAUAAGUGGCAAAAAUUUUAAGCCCAACACCUACAACUGGGAUUCUAAACUACAAGGCUACAUCUUAGGAGCUUACUUUUGGGGUUUCGUGAUUAGCAACAUUCCAGCGGCGGCCAUAGCUGAAAAAUACGGAUCCAGAAAGUGUCUGGCAAUUUCUUUCAUAGUUAGUUCAGUGUUGACGCUGCUUGGACCCCUGUGUGCUUCUUUACAUCCGUAUUUGUUGAUAGGGUCGAGGUUUUUUAUUGGAUUGUUUGCCGGAACAGUUUAUCCAGCAGUUCACUGUAUGAUCUCCAAAUGGGCCCCACCAGAGGAAAAGGGCAAAUUUAUAAGCGCCACUUUGGGAGGUUCAUUAGGAACUGUCCUUACAUGGCCUCUUUUAGGUAAUAUAAUUGAACACAUAAGCUGGGAUUGGGCGUUCUAUCUAACAGGUAUAAUUGUUCUUUUGUGGACCGUAUCCUGGACAUUUUUAGUGCGGGAUUCUCCCGAAGAACAUCCUUGGAUAAGUGACAAAGAAAAAGAAUAUAUUAUUAACAGUUUGUCUGGAACAGUUUCAACAACAAAAAGAAUACCUCCAUACAAAUCUAUAGUGUGCUCAUUACCAGCGUGGGCUCUAUUCGUGGCACAAUUUGGUAACCUAUGGGGUCUAUUUUUUCUUAUGACUGCUGGCCCUAGAUUUAUGUCGACUGUAUUGGGAUUCGAUUUAGGACAUACAGGAAUUUUGUCGGCUUUGCCAUAUUUAGCUAGAAUGAUUGCAGGAUUCGUUUUCGGUAUCGUGGGAGAUUUGAUGGUGAGGAGGGAAUUGAUGACCAAGACUGCUGUGAGAAAAUCGUUUAUUUUAUUAUCUCAUAUUGUGCCAGGUUUACUCCUUAUAUCGCAAACAUUCGUCGGAUGUGAAAUAACUUGGGUUAUAAUUCUAAUUACUUUAUCAUUGGCUUCCAACGGAGCGAGUACCAUCACCAAUCUUUCGAAUGCCCAAGAUUUAGCACCAAACUUUGCUGGUAGUAUUUAUGGAAUAGCAAAUUGUAUUGGUAGUACCACAGGCUUUAUAAGUCCCAUAAUUGUUGGGUUUGUUACUGCAGAACAUAACGGUUUAAGUGAAUGGCACACCAUUUUCUAUAUUGGAGCAGCAGUUUACAUAGGAUGCGGUAUUUUUUUUGCCAUUUUUGGCACGGCCGAUAUACAACAGUGGAAUUAUUCUGAAGAUGAGAGGCCUGAAACGUCGAUAACCAGAGAGGGUAUCGACAAUGUUGCUUUUGAAAAAAUAAGUUGUGAACAUAAAUUGUGA